AUGGAUGGCGUACAAUGUUUUUUCGACGACAUUUUAGUCCAGGGGUCAACUUACGAAGAAACUCUUCUGAGAUUAGAGAAGGUAUUAGAAGUUCUACAGAAGCACAACUUACAUUUGAAUGGAGACAAAUUUGAACGGAGACAUGAGUGCUUAGCCUGUGGUAAGAAGUACGUUCAGAAAGGUCAUCUUACCAGACAUCUCAAGUACGAGUGUGGUGUUGAUCCGCAGUUUGCCUGUGUAUACUGCAAGUACAAGUCGAAGCACAAACAAACUUUGGAAGUACACAUGGCGUUGAAACAUGGACAAAAAAUAGACGUUUCAACUGAGAGUGCCGACCGGAGACAUGAGUGCUUUGCCUGUGGUAAGAAGUACGUUCAGAAAAGUCAUCUUACCAGACAUCUCAAGUACGAAUGUGGCGUUGAUCCGCAGUUUGCCUGUCCGACCGGAGACAUGAGUGCUUUGCCUGUGGUAAGAAGUACGUUCAGAAAAGUCAUCUUACCAGACAUCUCAAGUUAUCUGCAGUUCUUGUCCAAGUUCUUCUGUGACAUAUGUGGUCGAUCAUACAAGCACAAGUUUCUGUUGGGAAGACACAAGAAGUUUGAAUGUGGCAAACAGCCUCAGUUCGCUUACUUUGAUGUGACGAGAAUGAUCAUGCAAGAACUUCAUGCCAGCGAAGACGUAAGAAAGUUUGCUUGUUCGGAAGGAGACAAUAACCUUCGCUUUGGCUGUGACACUUGCAGUAGAAGUUAUAAAUACCACCGAGACCUUCUAAGACACAAACGUUACGAGUGUGGAAUAGCACCACAGUUCGCCUGUCCCCUAUGUCCUUACAAGGCCAAGCUGCGGAAAACUCUCAGGAACCAUAUGAUCUUCAAACAUCCUACAAAUGACGAGCUUGUGUGCUGCUCGAUGGGGAAGGCAACCAGCGUUUCGGAUGUGAUGCUUGUGGAAGGAUCUACAAGUAUCGACGUGAUCUGGCACGUCACAAGCGUUACGAGUGUGGGAUUCCUCCACAGCAUGGAGAUCCAGAAGCUGUUGGAGGCGGCUACUGCCAUGGAACGAUUCUGUUGCACCUUCUGUGGCAAAGUGUACAGACACAAAUGUGACCUCAAACGUCAUCAGAGAUACGAGUGUGGAAAAGACCCUACCUUCUGUUGUCCUCACUGUCCCUACAAGGCUAAGCAGAAAGGAACACUAAAAACUCACAUUAUAAACACUUUCACCCCUGCGCCACGUGUGGACGUACCUACAAAUGUCGCCGUUCGUUGCUUCGUCAUCAGAACUACGAGUGCCAAAAGGAACCCAAGUUUCAAUGCCAACAUUGCUCUUACCGCUGCAAACACAAGCAAGGACUACAGACACACAAUGCGUGAGCUGCGGGCGCAGAUACGGAAGCCUCCGAUCGCUUGUGAGGCACCAGCGUUACGAAUGCAAUAG